AGCGGGCGGAGGAGGAGGGAGAGGUUGGAGGCGCCCCGCCCAGUCAGGAGGGUUACGCGUCCCUCGUGCGACCGCCAAGAUGGUGGUGGGUGCGUUCCCCAUGGCGAAGCUGCUCUACUUGGGCAUCCGGCAGAUCAGCAAGCCGCUUGCCAACCGCAUUAAGGCGGGCGCCCGCCGAAGCGAGUUCUUCAAGACCUAUGUCUGCCUCCCGCCGGCUCAGCUGUACCACUGGGUGGAGAUGCGGACCAAGAUGCGCAUUAUGGGCUUCCGGGGCACAACCAUCAAGCCGCUGAACGAGGAGGCGGCCGCCGAGCUGGGCGCCGAACUGCUGGGCGAGGCCACCAUCUUCAUCGUGGGCGGCGCCUGCAUGGUGCUGGAGUACUCGCGCCACCAGGCGCAGCAGCGCCGCAAGGAGGAGGAGCAGCGCGCGGCCUGGAUCGAGAUGCAGGACGAGGUGGGCCGCCUGGCGCUGGCGCUGCAGGCGCUGCAGGCGCAGGUGCAGGCGCAGGAGGCGCCGAGAGCCCUGGAGGAGCUGCGGGCGCAGAUGCAAGAGGUGCGCGCUGAACUCUACGCCCGGGACUCGGAGGCGCGGUCCAAGUCCACGCCCGAGAAAUAGGAGGCUGCUGAAGCCUGAACUUGGAUGUGGCCAUGUGCGCCCUAAUGUGCUGGCCCAGCGGAAGCCACUGAGAUUUUGAUGAACUUGGCUGUUGAUCACCCCCUGCUGACCAGUGGUAGCACCUUGCACUGGGACUGUGAAGCGUUCCAACAUAGCCCCCUCCUUAGCUCAUUGGUACAGCCCGCAGUGCUCAUCUCUCCACCUCAUCCCAAACCUCACCGGCCUUCUGGGUCCCAGCCCCAGGACGACAUGCUCACUCUUCUGGCAGAAGGAAAACAUGGAACCUGGACCUCAGCUGAUCAGCCUGUCAAGCUCCCCAUUUGCCUGAUCAGUGCUACCUUCCCUGGGACACUCGGCCAUUACACUGAACACCCCCUUCUUUUGAUCAGUUGGUACAGACCAUUGUAAGGAAUGCAGUGUCUUUCCCUGGACUUCUGUUCCCCUUAUCUUAAGAGGGGGGAAAGGAUCCUGGCUUGCAAUCGAUCCACCGAAUAUCUUUUCUUAACCUGAUCUGUGAGACCUUCUCCUGAGUCCUCAUGUGGAAUAUUCCAACAGAGACCCCUCCUCCUCCAGUCUGUGGCACCACGUACUGGAAUGGCUGGUUUUCUCAGGCAAUGCCCUCCUAACCCCCCUGACGUGGUGGACUUUGAUUUUGCCCAGGGCUAAUCAACUUGCCUUUCAGCCUCAGCUUCCUGUUACCUGUCGCCAGAGUCCCCGGGGCUUUCCUGGCUGUCCUUUCCUACCUUCCCCAGGGGCCUCUCUCAGGCAACUGCUGGCCAUGGAUUAGAUGAUCACAUCCCCCAUGUUUCCUUUAAAUCUGAUCUGUGGGCUCCUGCUCCCCUCCCCUGGGGCUCCGGACUGGUCGAGCAGUCCCUCUUCAUGCACUGGUACCUCCUGCCUCCUUAGCCCCAAGUGCCACCUCCAUCUCCCUGGUGUGGGCCCCUAGUUGGUUUUACCUUCUUUAGUCGUUUCCUAGGGCUGCCUAACAAAUUACCAUGAACUUGGUGGCUUAGGACAACCAGAAUUUAUUCUCCCCCAGUCCUAGAGGUCGCAGCUCCAAAGUCAGCUGUCAGCACUGCCUCCGAAGGCUCUAGUGGGGGAUCCUUGUCUCUUCCAGCUUCUGGUGUCUCCAGGUGCUCCUUGGCUUGCGGCUGCAUUCUCUCCAGUCUCUGCCUCCAUCCUCACGUGGCCUUCUCUCUGUCUCUUAUAAAGACACCUGGUCAUUGGACUUAGGGCCACCCUAACUCUAGGAAAGACCCUUUUCCCAAAUAAGCUCACAUUCACAAGUCCCAUCACCUCGCUCCGCCUCCCCACCCCAAGAGCGUGCUGGGACUCCUGCCGACCCCAUGGGACAUUUGACCUUCCCCACAUGAGAGAGGAACAGUCCAAGGAGAGCUCCUAUUUUUCAGACUGUAGGUGUUUCCUAAUUAAAGGAGCCCUGAAAUGAGGAAGAGGUCCUAAGGACUGUCUGAGAACCAUUAUAUGGAUCUCCAAAAUGGGUACAAAGCUCAUUAAAAUUAGGAGAGAAGCUGAGAGAUCUGAUGGGGGUGAGUCUAGAGUCAUCCUAUGAACUAUCCCAGAUAGGGAAACUGAGGCUCAGGAAGCCAAGGGACUUGCCCAGGGCUAUGAAGCCCAUGAGGGAUGGGAGCCAGUGGCACUGGGAGGGAAACGGGAGCCCAGGUUACCCUGGGUGCAGGGUGCUUGAGGGAACAGGUGAGGGGCAAGAAGGGAGAUGAGGGGGAGGCAGAUCACUGGGGGAGGGGUGGGAAUCUCCACAGAGGUCCCAGAGCAGUGCUGAGAGUGGGUGGCCCUCCAUCCCCAAUCACAGCCACCCAAGACCUUGGCAUUCAGUGAAUGGGCUUAGUCAUAGACCAGGAAAUGGGUGGGGCAGGUUUUCUUCCACUUCCCCCAGGUGGUUAAAAACACCUUGGCCACAAGACCUGGUAGAAACCCAGUGAAACAUCAAUUCUUUAUAGAAGAAAGGGAGAGGCUGAUGUAGAGGGAACGGAGAUGGGUCAUGGGUGGGGUGUUUCUACAGUAGGAGUGAUCCGAGUGGGUUAAAUGAUGAGGGGAAGAAGGCAAGAGAUACCAGUGCAUGGAAGGGUGGUGGACCGAGGAGCCAGGUGGGCAGGCUCAGUGCCUGGUUUCCAUGGUUACCCCUGAGAGGAUUCACUCUGGCCCUGUCACAUCUCUGGAGGACGGGUUGCUGGACGCCAGGGAUCUUGACUGCAAACCCCUCCCCCAUCAUGUUAAUAAACAGCAGUCAGGUGGAAUCCAUUGAGCUCUGGGUGGGUGUCAGGCACUGUUCUAAGUGCUUUACGUAAUCCCAGUGACAUUUUCUUCAUUCAUGAAGAAACUGAGGCACAGAGAGGGAAAGUCACCUGCCCAAGGUCACACAGGCAGGAAAGAGGAGGAGGUGGGAUCCUAAGCCCCUGACCCUGCGCCACCUGACCCUGAGGUAGCGCUGUGCUCAUGUGUGAGAUUGAAAACAGCCCUUGCCCUGGCCAAUUUGGCUCAGUGGAUAGAGCGUCAGCCUGUGGACUGAAAGGUCCCGGGUUCGAUUGCAGUCAAGGGCACACGCCUGGGUUGUGGGCUUGAUCCCCAAUAGGGGGUGUGCAAAAGGCAGCCAAUCACGAUUCUCAUCAUUGAUGUUUCUAUCUCUCCCUGUCCCUUCCUCUCUGAAAUCAAUAAAAAUAUGUUUAAGAAAAAGAAAACAGCCCCUAUGUGUGUUGACGUGGCUAGACCUGUGGGAUGCAACAGCUUCGGCCACCGGGUGGGGGUGGGAUCAGGGUGUGUGCAGGUGGGAAGAGCGCCCUCUCAAAAUACACGAGGCCGGAGGAUGGAUGGUUCAUCGCUCCGACUUACUGGCAAAAAUUUUGUAUGCAUUUGCGACUUGGGGAGAGAGGGGGUUAGAAUAAAUUUGU